UGUCUCCAAACAAAAACAAAAAAAAUCUUUGUCUCUUCCCUUUAAAACCUUAUAAGGUUUAAUUAUUCUGGGUUUGUAGAUUAUUAGGUAAAUCUUAUAGCUUUUCAUCAUACCAUGCGCCUUAUGUGGAUGAAGAAUCGCUUGAAAACGUUUCUUUAUUGAUCGUGUGUAACUUUGAUAAAAACUUGAUGAUCAUGAUCAUCAUAAUUGAUAAAAAAAAUUAUAAUAAUUCUCACAUACCAUGAAAAAGAGCUUAAAAUACAUUAAUACAAAUUUAGAAUGUGAUUAAAAAUUUAAAACAACACUAAAGAUUAUAGGCUUCAGUAUAUAAAGUAUUUAGUAUUUACCAAAAAUACAAUAUUUUUAUAGGAGGUUAACACAUAAAUAUUGACAAAAUUUUAAAAAAUAUGACAAUAUUGUUUUAAUGCAUAGUUGUAUCUCGUACUAAUAUAUGAUGAUGGUCAAAGAGGUUUGAAACAUUUUUUGCUUUAUUAGUUUUGUGGAGAUUAUUGAUAAAUCCUGAUAAGAAUUCAUUGGAUUUGUACCAGAAAAGAAAAGGGAGAAGAUCUAAAAGAUCUGGAAUUUUUUUUCUUAUUUAUGUUAUCUUUUAUAAAGAGCCAUUUUGACUACAUACAAAAUCUUAAAACUAAUAAAGGAUAUUUACAAUAUUAAUUUAUAAUUAUAAAAAUCUCUAUACAAGAGAUUAACCCAUUGUUGAUUUGUAGUAACCUUUUGCCUUACGUCCUAGGGUUAAUUCAGAAGUUGUUGAUGUCUGAAUCUAUUCAACGCACUUCGAUGAUAACGAACGUCACGAACCCCAUGGAGCUCGGCAAGGAGACACGGCCUACGGCUACAGGGAUGCCUAAGGCGAAUGGCGGCUCUCUACUGGAUUCUUCCGAUGAUGUCGAAGAGGGUGGUGUAGGCGACGUUAACGAAGAACAGGAGGAGAAAUGCGAGGAAAGCGACGCGUCCAGCCGCGAGGAAGGCCAAGAAUGGGAAGUGGAUAGUUUCGACGAUGGAUUCGACUACAGACCUAGAAGGAAUCUUGAUCCCAACGAUGAGAUAGGUCAGAAGAUGCAUCGGUACAGAUCUUCCAUGUACAAGAGCAAGGGAUUCGACGUUGAUAUAGAUAGCUACCCGGGGAGCCUACUCUACAGACAACUCUUCCCCAUCGAUCUCGAUGAACCAUUUGAAUACAGUGGUGCUAAUGGACUUACUGGCCGUGAGUACAUGAAAAGCAUGGUUGAUUUGGCCCUGGAAAGAUACAACAAGAUCAAGGGGUUAACGGUGACAUGUGAAUCUAUUGUGAGGUCUAUCAUUGAUUUGGCGUGUGGGCUCAAAUGCUACAUUACCUUUAUGGCCAGAGAGUCUUCAAAUGGUGAUCUACUUGUAGAGUACCAGGCAAAAACAGACAAGAGAAUUUGGCAAAAGAAAACUCAUGUCAUCUUUUGCAGGCCAACUCCAGAACCCAAAGAAGAGCCGAUGGAUGUUGAGUACUCGGAUUCUACCACCGAUGGGGAGUCUAGUGAUGAGUCCAGUCGUGAAAGUGAACAAGCAUGGGAUGUGGAUAGUUUCGACGAGGGAACCGAUUUCAAACCCCCAACGAAGACAGCUCCCUCAGAGGAAGAAAUUGAAAAAAUGCGUCUAUAUAGACCUCAGAUGUACAAGAAUAAGGUACUUUGUAGAUUCUACUUAUAAAAAUGAACAUAUAUUUGAUUGAUUUUAUGAAUCAACCAUACAAUAACUUUGAAUUUGGAUUGGAUAUAUGGUGAUUUUUCUGUUGGGCUAAAUUAAAAUUUGUUAAUCUGUAUAUCCAAAGUCAAAUGCUUGUGUGCUCACUCUCAGGGUUUCUUUGUUGAUGGAGAAGUCUACCCGGGACGACUUCGUUACUUUUCUCCUGUUGAUCUUGAUAAUCAAUUAUAUCCUACCGGGCUUACGGGUCGCCAGUACAUGGAAAACAUGGUAGAUGUGGCCCUGAACAAAUACAAUGA